AUGCUGCUGCGCCGAAAUUGGAUCCGUGCACUGGGCGUUCGUCUGCCAGAGUACCAGGAAGCCAGCCUGCAUGCGGUGAAAGACGUCCCCAGCCUCCUAACCGAGUUCAAGUCCCUGUUCCAGACAGGGGUUGGCACAUUCGCCGGCACGACGGCUGGGAUCUAUGUACCUGAAGGAGCCUGGCCACGCUUUUUCAAGCCUAGCCCACUGCCGUUCGCCCUGAAGGACGGGGUCACCCAGGAGCUGCAACGCUUACAGUUAGAGGGCAUACUGGUGCCCAUCAAGACGUCUGAAUUGGCCGCUCCCAUCUCACCAGUCCUCAAGCGACACGGCAGUGUCGGGAUCUGUGGGGAUUUCAAGGUUACCACCAACCCCAUCGCUACCGUCGAGAAGUACCCGCUGCCCCGGAUAGAAGAUCUCUGGUCAGCGUUGUUCGGUGCACAGAAGUUUACCGAGCUCGACCUCAGAGAUGCUUACCAGCAGCUGGUGCUCCAGGAUGCCUCCCGGAGGUAUGUCACAAUAUUGACAACUUUGGGGCUCUUCCAGUGCAUGCGUUUACCGUUUUGCAUGGCCUCAGCCCAAGCCAUAUUUCAGAGGGAGAUGAACAACCUCUUCAGGGGCAUGAGGCACGUGGCGGUGUACUUGGAUGACAUCCUGGUUACUGGCAGCGACGACGGGGACCACUUGCAAAACCGGUGCAACGUCCUGGCACGACUGCAGGACGCCGGCCUCAAGCUCAAGCUGGAAAAAUGCAUUUUCCUGGCCCCCAGUGUUGAGAGUUUUCUGCCGAACCUGUCGGAGCAUCUACAGCCGCUCCAUCUGCUUCGAUAUGGUCAGCAAUGGGACUGCAAGAAGGAGCAGGGCCGGGGCUUCCAGCGCAGCAAGGAGCUAAUCACCAAUGCUCCAGUGUUAGCACACUUCGAUCCUGCCAAGCCUGUCGUCCUGAUUGUAGAUGCGUCGCCGUACGGCGUGGGAGCCGUCCUGGCCCACCGGGACAAGGAUCGCCAAGAACGCCCUGUGUCUCUGUUUCUCGUCGGCUUCAUGCUGCCGAGCAACGCUACAGCCAGCUGGACAAGGAAGGCCUGGCCCUCAUGUUCGGUGUCGAACGCUUCCACCAGUAUAUGUGGGGCCGGAAAUUCGAGGCAGUCACGAACCACAAGCCGCUGUUGGGGUUGCUGGGGCCUGACAAGGCAUCUUGCGCAGGCAUCACCUCGAGUGGUACCUGAAGCUGUUCCAGAACCUGCUGAAAUGUUCAUGCUGGAGCACGCGUACCCGGAGGUACUCUCCAGAUCUACGGUAUCGCAAGCGACCAGUCGGGACCCAGUCCUGUCUCAAGGUGUCAAGGCGGUGUCCCGUGGGGAGGAAUCGGUUCAGCAGGCCUAUAGCCACAAGGCCACCGAGCUGUGCUUGCAGCAGGGCUGCCUGCUGCGGGGUUACAGGGUGGGGAUCCCACAAAGUCUCCGCUCCAGGGUCCCGCAGUUGCUGCACGCAGAUCAUCAUGGCGUCGAAAAGACCAAGCUGGUGGCCCUGUCUCAUGUUUGGUGGCCUGGCCUGGACCAAGACAUCGCUCACACGAGACCCAGGUCCUGCCUACAUGUGGAUUUUGGGAGGCUCUUGAAAGGCGGUUACAUCCUGGUGGUGAUGGAUGCCUUUUCGAAGUUGGUGGAGGUUCUACCUGUCACCACUCCAUCAGCAGCCAUGACCAUUGCAGCGCUACGACAGGUCUUCGCCACCCAGGGGUUGCCGGACGUCAUCGUGUCCGACAAUGGUUCUGCUUUCGCCAGCACAGAGUACCUGGCCUGGCUGAUGAAGAACGGUAUCCACCAGAUGAUGGUUCCGUCGUACCACCCUGCUUCAAACGGUGCAGCCGAGCGGGUAGUGCAAACCGUCAAGGACAAGCUCAAGAAGAGCCAGACUGGGGAUUUCCGGACACAGAUUGCCCGCACACUGUUUCAGUACCAGACCGCGCCCCACGAUGUCACUGGCCGUGCCCCCUGUGAGCUCCUGCUGGGUCAGAUGAUCAAGACACCCUUGGACGUCUUGCAUCCGGACCUCCGAUCCACAGUGCUCCUGAAGUAG